AUGCGGGGCCGGCGAGGCAGGCCGCCCAAGCAGCAGCAGCCGGCGGCGGCCACCGCUCAGGCGAGCUCCCCGGCUCCGCCCGCCGCGGCGGGCCCUAUCGGGGGACUGAGGUCCCGGCAGCGGGGCAGCAGCCGCGGCAGGUGGGCGACCUCGGCCCAGGCGGAGACGGCGGGGCCCAAGCAGAAGGGAGCCGGGGCUGCCCAGGCCUCUUCCCCCGCCACCGCCUCCCCCAGGGGGGGCAGCAAGAGGAAGGGAGGCAGCGGCAGCAGCAGCACCCCUGGUGGGGGAGGCAGCAGCGGUAAGGGUAGGGGCAGGGCUGGGGCUGGAGGAGCAGGGGGAGGAGGCGGAGGAGGCAGCUGCAACAGCCAAGGCAGGGCUGCCUCGUCCAGGAGGAGCAUCAGCAAAGUGGUGUACGAUGAUCAUGAGAGUGAAGAGGAGGAGGAAGAGAGCAUGGUGUCCGAAGAGGAAGAGGAGGCAGACCCCGAUGAUAACCAGGACUCCGAGGAGGAAGAAGAGGAGGAGAUAAUGGAGGAGGAGGAGGACGACGACGACUCUGACUACCCCGAGGAGAUGGAGGAUGAAGACGAUGCCAGUUAUUGCACUGAGAGCAGCUUCAGGAGCCACAGCACCUACAGCAGCACCCCAGGUAGGAGAAGACCAAGAGUUCAUCGUCCUCGUUCUCCAAUAUUGGAAGAAAAAGAUAUCCCACCCUUGGAGUUUCCUAAAUCCUCAGAGGACUUAAUGGUGCCUAGUGAGCAUAUAAUGAAUGUUAUUGCUAUCUAUGAGGUACUAAGGAACUUUGGCACUGUUUUACGCCUCUCUCCUUUUCGUUUUGAGGACUUCUGUGCUGCUCUGGUAAGUCAAGAGCAGUGCACACUUAUGGCAGAGAUGCAUAUAGUGCUUUUAAAAGCAGUUUUACGUGAAGAAGACACUUCAAAUACUACCUUUGGACCUGCUGACCUCAAAGAUAGCGUUAAUUCCACUUUGUAUUUCAUAGAUGGAAUGACGUGGCCAGAGGUUCUGCGGGUUUAUUGUGAGAGUGACAAGGAAUACCAUCAUGUUCUUCCUUACCAAGAGACAGAGGACUAUCCUUAUGGACCAGUAGAGAAUAAAAUCAAAGUUCUGCAGUUCUUAGUGGAUCAGUUUCUUACCACAAACAUUGCACGUGAAGAGUUAAUGUCAGAAGGUGUUAUUCAGUAUGAUGAUCAUUGUAGGGUUUGUCACAAACUUGGGGAUCUGCUUUGCUGUGAAACUUGUUCAGCUGUCUACCACUUGGAGUGUGUGAAACCGCCUCUGGAGGAGGUACCAGAAGAUGAAUGGCAGUGUGAGGUCUGCGUGGCACACAAGGUGCCUGGAGUAACUGACUGUGUUGCUGAAAUCCAAAAAAAUAAACCAUACAUUCGACACGAACCUAUUGGAUAUGACAGGCAUAGGCGGAAAUACUGGUUCCUGAACAGGAGAAUCAUUAUAGAAGAAGACUCAGAAAGUGAGAAAGAUAAGAAAAUCUGGUACUAUAGCACAAAGAUACAACUGGCAGAGUUAAUUGAAUGCCUAGACAAAGAUUACUGGGAAGCUGACCUAUGCAAAACUAUGGAUGAAAUGCGUGAAGAAAUCCAUAGGCACAUGGAUGUGACAGAAGAUCUUACCAACAAAGCAAGGGGCAGCAACAAGUCUUUCCUUUCUGCAGCAAAUGAUGAAAUUUUGGAUGUUAUCAGAGCAAGAAAAGGAGAAAUAGUGGAAGAUAAAACCGCAGCAGAUGAUGAAGCAGAAAAGGCAAAAAGUGAUGCUGAUAAUGACCAGACAGAUGCUGAGAAAGGCAAGGAAGAAUCUGGAGACCAAGAUAAAACUGAGGAAAUGCCUGCUGAGCAAGAUGGAGAAAAAGUGAAACCAGAAGAGGCAACAGUCGUUGGGGAUAAAAGUAACUCUGUGACAUCAAGCACUGAUGACAGCAACACAAAUCCUUCUGCAGGAGAGACUAGUUGCUCUGAAGGGAAGAACGCAAUGGGGUGUCAGUCAGAAAGCCUUGAUAGCAACAACGUGGCAGAGAAGAAGGUGGCAUCAGAGCUCCCUCAGGAACUCUCAGAAGAAACUGGUCAGAUGAUCCCUGGCAACAGUAGCAGUGCAUCUGCUGCACCUCUACAGUCAGAUGUUGAAAACAGCAACGGUAGUGAGUUCUGCUCUGGGCAGAGUGACUCCAUUAAGACAUCUGAUGAUGCUGAAAAUGCAGAGAGGGGAUCCCAGACUUCAGAGGACAUAGGAGAGAAGUCUAAUGGUGAAAGAAGUGAUUCUCCAGGCGCAGGAAGAGGCACGCCGGGUUCGACACGAAUGCUCACAAGAUUACGAAAUCCAGAUAGCAAGUUGAGCCAGAUGAAAAGCCAGCAGGUUGCUGCUGCAGCACACGAAGCAAAUAAGUUAUAUAAAGAAGGCAGAGAGGUUCUGGUGGUCAACUCUCAAGGGGAAGUCUCUCGGAUGAACACAAAAAAGGAGGUUGUGAUGAAAGGAAAUCUCAACAAUUACUUCAAGCUAGGGCAAGAGGGGAAGUAUCGUGUUUAUCACAACCAGUAUGCUACUAACUCCUUCGCACUGAACAAGCACCAGCACAGGGAGGACCACGACAAGAGACGACAUCUCUCACAUAAGUUCUGUCUGACUCCUGCUGGAGAGUUCAAAUGGAAUGGGUCUGUACAUGGGUCCAAAGUUCUUACCAUAUCCACUUUGAGGCUAACGAUUAUUCAGCUAGAAAACAAUAUCCCAGCAUCAUUCCUUCACCCUAACUGGGCUUCCCACAGGUCUAACUGGAUUAAGGCUGUUCAGAUGUGCAGUAAACCCAGAGAGUUUGCACUGGCACUGGCUAUAUUGGAAUGUGCAAUCAAACCUGUCGUCAUGCUGCCAAUCUGGCGGGAGUCCUUGGGGCACACUAGAUUACGCAGAAUGACAGCAAUAGAAAGAGAAGAAAAGGAGAAAGUGAAAAAAAAAGAGAGAAAACAAGAAGAGGAAGAAACAAUGCAGCAAGCUACUUGGGUGAAAUACACAUUUCCUGUCAAACAUCAGGUUUGGAAACAAAAAGGAGAGGAGUAUAGAGUAACAGGCUAUGGAGGCUGGAGCUGGAUUAGUAAAACACAUGUGCACAGGUUUAUGCCCAAACUGCCUGGAAAUACUAACGCAAAUUACAGAAAGUUGCUACCAACAAAGAGUGAAGAAGAAAAAUGCAACUUGGAUAAACGAAAAGGUUCACUUAAGGUAAAACCAGAGAAAGACAGAACAAAGGAUUCUCAUGAUCUGCAAGUAAAAGACAGAGCAGAUGUUUCUGAAACCUUGGAGAAAGUAAAAGUGAAAGAAGAAAAGUCACGUGAAGAAAAAGUAGAAGUGGAUACAAUUUCUGAAAACCCAGAUCAUGCAGAAGACAAAGUGGAAAAAGAAAUCGAUGGAGAAAAUGGUAAAGUCAUCAAGGAAGAGCCUAUGGAUGUAGAUGAUGUGAAAAUUGAAUCUCUUGUAAGAGAUGAGGACAGUCAUUGUAAGCGGGAUAUAAUCAAUGUCAGUGAGGGCUUUCAUUUAAGGACUUGCUACAAGAGGAAAGUCAAAUCCUCCAAAUUGGAUGGACUGCUUGAGAGGAGAAUAAAACAGUUUACACUGGAAGAAAAACAACGUCUCGAAAGGUUGAAACUGGAGGCUAGUGCUAAAAUUGCAGGUGUUCAGUCUGUGAGCUCCCAGAAAAACAUCUCUGAGCUACAGAUGAGAAAAGCAAAAGAAGGAAGCCAGCUGGCCAUGUCUUCCCAAGAGCAAACUUGCACUUCAGAUAAGCCCCAAACAGAAGAUGCAGAACAGGACUGCUUGCCCAUCAGCAGCAUCCCUUGCACCAAAACUGGUGAGCUAGAUGAAGCCUCUUUGCCUUUGGCAAACAGACUAUCCAAAAGAGAAGGCCAGCUACUGGGUGGAGACUCACCUCAGUCCUCUGAAGGCGAAAGCUCCAUUCAGAAUGACAGUAAAGAAAGCAACCCUGAACCUAUGGCUGCUGCUAAGUGUCAAGAGCAAGAGGUGCUUGGAGAGUCUGAGAGUUCCUUGGUGGAUGGCUUGAAACAACCAAAUGCAGAAGGCAGAAUCAAAUGGGAUGUUUCAGAAACAAGUGAAAAGCCUUUGAAGCAAAAACUACCUAUUAGCAGAGUAUCUCAGUGUCAAAGUGAAAAUUUAGAGGCAGUGGUAACUGAAAGCAGCUGUAGAAAAGAUGCUCUGGCCACUUUAGAAAAAUCAGCUUCAGAAGGGAAUUCUGAACAGCAGAGCAAAGAUCCAGAAAACAAUUGUAUGAUAAAAAGCCAUAUUGAACCAACAUCCUCUCAAGAAAGUGAAAUGGAGGAGGAAAUUGCUCCAGGAAAGACUGAAAGUAAAUCUGGAAACAAGAUUAUAUGUCAUCAAAAAUCAGUUAGUAAAGAUCUAAAGCCAACAGAGUUAAUUUCUGAGAGAAACCUUCAAAGUCAAACUCCGGAACACGUGGAUGGGACACAAAUGGAUGAGGAUUUACUGAGCUCUAAAUUAACUGAAGCUAAUGGUGAAAACAAAGGUCAGGAGCUCAAAGUGGAGACAAGUACCAUAAACAAGUAUCUUGAUCAGACAAAUAAAAACAAUGUUACUGACAAAAAAAGUAAGAAAGAUGAAGAAACUGAGACAGAGAAGUCAGCAUUUCAAAUGAAUGGGAAAACUACCACGGACAAUGACAUGAAGAUAUUGCCAAAUGAAGUUAAAGGCACCUCUGAAAGUAAGGCAGGGGCUGAUGUUGAACCAAAAGUGAAUAAUAUUAAUAAAUCCAUUCCAGAACAUGAAAUAAAACCAUUGACUUUUAAGGAGUCUUCAGUAAAACCAUUCAUGAAUGGUGACAUCAUGGGAGAGGAUGGCAAGGACAAAAAUAACGUGGACCCUAAGUCACGCCUGCAGGCUUCACCGAAGCAUGAAUACGGAGAGUGUUUUCAGCCACCAGAUAAAGUUCCCAAAUAUGUGCAGAAAACUGAAGAAAAACAGCUUUCUCCUGAGAGAUCUGCCUUUGCUGGCACUGCUUCCACACCAGCACUUGCUGUCUGUAAAGAAAAUAACCUCAACAGUGAAAUGGAAUCUAUGGAAACUGAAGCCAUUGAGGAUAAGAAAGUUGCUCCAUCACCUGUAACCUCCUGUGAGGAAUCUAGCCUGAGUAGUGACUUUGCUGAUCAGAAUGGUGUACAGAUGUAUAAAAUGGAAAACAUGAAUGGAGAAAAUAAAGUAAAAACUGUUAUUACUGAAGUGACAACCACAACAUCAACUGUGUCUACAGAAUCCAAAACUGUGUAUAAAGUUGCAGAGACUGUAGCCUCUAACGAGGAGAAAACAACAGUAGUGUCAUCUACAGAAAACUGUGCCAUAUCCACUGUAACCACCACCACUACUGUAACCAAGCUCACCACUCCAGCUGCAGACAGGAAUGUUGAUGUCAUUUCUGUACAAGAGCAUAGCAAAACAGUGGUGACAACAACAGUGACAGAUUCACUGACCACCCCAGAAGGCACAUUGGUGACUUCCAUGACUGUCAGCAAAGAGUAUUCUACAAAAGACAAAGUGAAGUUGAUGAAAUUUACAAGACCCAAAAAAACUCGUUCUGGAACUGCCUUACCGUCUUACAGAAAAUUUGUCACCAAAAGCAGUAAAAAAAGCAUCUUUGUUUUACCCAAUGACGACUUGAAAAAACUGGCCAGAAAAGGAGGGAUCAGAGAAGUUCCCUAUUUCAACUACAACGCAAAGCCUGCUUUGGAUAUUUGGCCAUAUCCAUCCCCUAGGCCAACCUUUGGGAUCACUUGGAGGUAUCGCCUGCAGACAGUGAGGUCAUUGGCUGGAGUGAGCCUCAUGUUGCGUUUGUUGUGGGCCUGUCUCAAAUGGGAUGAUAUGGCAGCCAAAGCUCCACCUGGGGGAGGAACUACACGUACAGAAACAUCUGAAACUGAAAUCACAACAACAGAAAUAAUCAAACGAAGAGACGUUGGUCCAUACGGAAUCCGCUCAGAGUACUGUAUAAGAAAAAUUAUUUGUCCCAUUGGUGUACCAGAGGCUCCAAAAGAAACUCCAACACCCCAGAGGAAGGGACUGCGAUCAAGCGCACUAAGGCCAAAAAGGCCAGAAACACCCAAGCAAACGGGCCCUGUUGUAAUUGAAAGUUGGGUAGCAGAGGAGGAAUUGGAGCUAUGGGAGAUCAGGGCAUUUGCUGAAAGGGUGGAGAAGGAAAAGGCACAGGCAGUUGAACAACAGGCUAAGGUUAGUGAACAGAAGAAGGCAGAGGAGUUCAAGGCCCAAUUGGAGGCUCAGCUAAAACACCAACGAUUGGCUGCCCAGCAGAAACGACUGGAACAGCAAAAGCAGCCGCCUGCAGCAGGUGUAGUGCCUGCAGUCACUACAGCCAGCAGCACUGCAACCACUGUCUCAGCACCACAGAAAGUUGUGGUAGGCCCUUUAGCAGGCCCUGUCCCCACUGGAACCAAAGUAGUACUUACUACAAAAGUGGGUUCUCCAGCUACAGUAACAUUCCAACAGAACAAGAAUUUCCACCAGACUUUUGCUACUUGGGUUAAACAAGGCCAAUCUUCAACAGCCACUAGCACAGCUGCCACUUCAGCCACAACCAUUGCCAGCACAGGGCAGACCUUCCAGAUCUCAGGCAGUCCAGUAACGAUGGCAGGGAAAGUGAUAACUAAGCUGCCACUCCCUGCAAACAGCAAGAUUGUUGCCGUCAAUGUGCCAUCAACUCAAGGAGGUGUUGUUCAAGUUCAGCAAAAAGUAUUGGGUAUCAUUCCAUCAACUACAGGUGCAAGUCAAACUUUUACUUCAUUCCAGCCAAGGACAGCAACUGUAACCAUUAGGCCAAAUACCACAGGCACGUUAGGGACAACAAGCACUUCACAAGUAGUGCAAGGGACACCACUGCGCCCUGGUAUGACAGUGAUACGGACACCGCUGCAGCAGGCCCCACUUGGCAAGACCAUCAUCCGAACACCUGUAGUGGUGCAGCAAGGUAUUCUUCCAGCUAGUCAGACACAGCAGGUGGUAACUCAAAUAAUCAGAGGUCAGCCUGUCUCCACAGCAGUUUCUAGUACCAGCACAGCUUCUUCCAGUGCUGGACAGAAGACAGUUACAAGUCCUGGAACACCACCUCAGCAAAUACAGCCACAAACCCCACCACAGCCCCCUCGCCCUCAGCAGGGACAAGUAAAACUCACUAUGGCCCAACUCACCCAGCUAACACAAGGACAGGGUGGCAGUCAAGGAUUAACUGUUGUAAUUCAGGGACAAGGUCAAACCACUGGUCAAUUGCAAUUAAUCCCUCAAGGUGUGACUGUAAUACCUGGUCCAGGACAACAGCUUAUGCAAGCUGCUAUGCCAAAUGGUACAAUUCAGAGAUUUCUUUUCACUCCACUACCAGCAGCCUCUACCACAGCUAGCACAACUACCACAACAGUUUCUACUUCAACCUCAGCUGCAGGUGAACACAAGCAAGCUCCUCUGGCACAGCCAACCUCGGCGCUGCCAUCAGUCCAGCCACAGCCUCAGAGUCAGCAGCAAGGGCAGCCUCAGGUGCAGAACCAGAGUACUCAGCCUGUGCCACUGGCCCAACCACAGGCUCCUCAGCCAGCACUUCAGCCUGAAACUCAGACCCACUCUGAAUCUCAGACUCCAGCAUCUGCUGACUCUCCAGUCACACCUGAAGCACAAUCGUCUAAAUCUCCGGUUCAGUCUCCAGCACAGACCCAGGCUCAAGGGCAGUCUCCAGUGCAAGUCCAGAGUCAGCCGCAGACUGCAAUCCUUCCACAAGGCCAGUCCCAAGUCCAGCUUCAGCAACCAGCUCAGGUGGUUAUGAAACAGAAUGCUGUCAUAGAACACUUGAAACAGAAGAAGACACUGACCCCAGCUGAGAGAGAAGAAAAUCAGAGGAUGAUUGUGUGCAACCAAGUGAUGAAAUAUAUUCUGGAUAAGAUAGACAAAGAAGAAAAACAGGCAGCUAAGAAACGGAAGCGAGAAGAGAGUGUAGAGCAGAAGCGCAGUAAACAGAAUGCUACUAAGCUGUCAGCUCUGCUCUUCAAGCAUAAAGAACAGCUGAAAGCUGAAAUACUGAAGAAAAGGGCCCUUCUGGACAAAGAUCUACAAAUUGAAGUGCAGGAGGAGCUAAAGAAAGACUUGAGUAAAAUUAAGAGAGAAAAAGAAAAAGCCCAGGCAGCCGCUGCUGCAGCCGCAGCCGCCGCAGCUGCAGCCGCAGCCACUGCUCCACCGCCGCCACCACCACCACUGCCAUCGCCACCACCACAGCCACAUGCAGCCGGUGUCACCUCCUCCUCCUCCGCCACAGUCCCAAUGCCAGUAUCCUCCCAGAAGAGAAAGCGAGAGGAGGAGAAGGAUUCAUCAGCUUCCAAGUCCAAGAAGAAGAAAAUGAUUUCUACUACCUCAAAGGAAACCAAGAAGGACACAAAGCUUUAUUGCAUCUGCAAAACGCCUUACGACGAGUCCAAGUUCUAUAUUGGCUGUGAUCUUUGUACUAACUGGUAUCAUGGAGAAUGUGUUGGCAUCACAGAAAAGGAGGCUAAGAAAAUGGAUGUGUACAUCUGUAAUGAUUGUAAACGGGCACAAGAGGGCAGCAGUGAGGAAUUGUACUGUAUCUGCAGAACACCUUAUGAUGAGUCACAAUUUUACAUUGGCUGCGACCGAUGUCAGAACUGGUAUCAUGGGCGUUGUGUUGGCAUCUUACAAAGUGAGGCAGAUCUCAUUGAUGAAUAUGUGUGUCCACAAUGCCAGUCCACAGAAGAUGCCAUGACUGUGCUCAGUCCACUCACUGAUAAAGACUAUGAAGGUUUAAGAAGAGUACUACGUUCCUUACAGGCUCACAAGAUGGCAUGGCCAUUCCUAGAACCAGUAGACCCCAAUGAUGCACCAGAUUAUUAUGGUGUUAUUAAAGAGCCAAUGGACCUUGCCACCAUGGAGGAAAGAAUUCUGAAGCGUUACUACAAAAAGGUGACAGAGUUUGUGGCGGACAUGACCAAAAUUUUUGAUAACUGUCGUUACUACAAUCCAAGUGACUCCCCUUUUUACCAAUGUGCAGAGGUUCUGGAAUCAUUCUUUGUACAGAAACUAAAAGGAUUUAAGGCGAGCAGGUCCCAUAACAACAAACUGCAGUCUACAGCUUCUUAGAGUUCAGCGUGUUAACCUAACACACGAGCAAGGAUCUGGUUGUCUGACAUUUUUUAAUUGGGAAGCCAGAUGUUUUUCGUCAGGUUAUCCUGACAAGACUUGAUGUAAACUGCCUUUUUAUUGGUCACUGCAGUCAAAUUCUUAUUCUUGGCUUAUUUUGUCCAAAGGACAAAGAAAUAUAAAAAUCAGCAGCACCACUUUCUUGUCAAGAUCAAAUUGUUGUACAAUUGUGGCAGAAGCAGGAAAACUUUUUGUUGGAAGGAGAGAGAGAGAGAGAAAGAGAGCAAGAAAAAAAAAAGUUACAGUAAAUGGGGUCCCGUUUAACUCCAUGGAAAUGCCACGUCUGUUCUUCAGUGAAGAAGCUGGUUUAAAGUCCACACAGAAAACUUUGACUGUAUUUAUUUAUUGUUGCAAAAAAGACGCUUUUUUAUCGCUGCCCUCAUUUGUCAGCUAAUUAUUUUUUCUUAUAAAACCCAGCCCCGGUUCCAUGUAAUCCAUUCUGUAUCUUAACAUGAUUCCUGUAGGUAAAAGUACAAGAAGACCUCUAGAUGUCUUUUCUUUCUAUGAAAGGAGCUGCUAUGUACACAUGUGCACACACACAGGACUGGGAAUCAACAAUGAGUUUAUCAUUCAUGGUAGAGAAAAACAAUUAAGCUUGCAGAAAAGUUGGGCUGAGCGGUCAUGGACUACAGACUCUGUUGCCUUGAACAUUAACAGUACAAUUUGUCAUUUACUCUGCACCAGACUGAAAUGAGUAAAAUCUAUUUGAAGGUAUCUUGUUUGUAAACAUUUGUCAGAUUCUAAUUUUUUUUCCUUUUGUAUUAAAAUUCAAAAUAUGGAUGUAUAUGAAACAAAAUAA